AUGGAGCUGUUCAAAAACUUGACUGUCUCAGAGAAGGCGUGGAUCGAGCAUCCGAUCUAUGAAAGGGCGCUUGAGCGGUUUCAUGAAUACUCAGCACGUCAGUUGCGCGAGUCGAUUCUUGGCGAGACAGCUCUUGCUGGAGCCCCUGCCACAGCAAACCCAGUUACAAAGGCUGCCGCAAAUACAACAGCCGCUCCAGCUGCGGAAAAGAUCGUGGAAAGAAUUGGCGCUGCCCGGGAUUCGAUCAAGGUCGCUCUGGAAAAUCCCAACGCGGCGGGAGCCAAGACCAACACCACCCAGGCCGCCCUCGAAGAUAGAAUCGCUCUCAUAGAAGCAGAGAACAGAGGAUUGAAAUCGCAACUCGAACAGAUUACAGCACGUUUUGCUGCACUGGAGGCCCGUCUCAAUGCAAAUCCAGAAGCCGCCAAAGAAGCCGAAGGAGAUGAUGACAUUGAUCUCUUCGGAUCCGAUGACGAAGAUGAGAAUGAAGAAGCAGAGAAACUCAAGGCCGAGCGAAUCGCCGCUUACAAUGAAAAGAAAAAGGCAAAGGAGGAUAAGAAAGGUGUCUUGAUUGCGAAGUCGAACAUUUUGCUCGACGUCAAGCCUUGGGAUGACGAGACCGACCUUGGCGAGAUGGAGAAGGCUGUCCGAGCCAUCGAGAAGGACGGGCUUCUCUGGGGAACUGCCAAACUCGUCCCUGUCGGGUACGGAAUCAAGAAGCUCCAAAUCUGCUGCGUCGUUGAGGAUGACAAAGUCGGAACCGACUUUUGGAAGAAGAAAUCACUGCGAUUGAGGACUUCGUCCAGUCGGUUGACAUCGUCGCAUUCAAUAAGAUCUAAGAUCUACGAGGCGCUACUAAUGAAUCCUGGAAAUCAGGGAUUUCAUCACGUGCCCUUUGGCUGCUAUGAAAUUCAGCCGUUAGAUCAACUUCCCCUGGCUUACAUCUCUCCAGACCAAUCGACUGCGAUAACUGCGCCCGUCUUUCAUCCCUCGCCACCACUCAUGGCUUUUCCGACAGAUGAGUGCACAGUAUACGGCUUGAGCGGCGAGUAUUUCAGUCCAAAUAUGUUCUACUCUGGUCCAAUUCAGGGAUACGGGAGUCCCUUCUUCGGUCCCACUUUUCUCGAACAUGCUGGUCAUGUGAUCGAGACACCUCAACCUAUGGAGCCUUGGAACAACUCUUUUCUUCCCACAGACUGCUCUGACUGUGUCUUUAUUCAAGGGCUACCAGAAGAUAUCUCGAAGGAGGCGCUGAUCUCCAGAUUCAAAGAAGCAGGAAACAUCAAAGUCAGCAAAGGCGUCGAACGGGUCUUCCUCUUCUUAGAGAGAAGAACAAAACGACAAACAGGCUGCGCUACAGUCACCUACUAUAACUCGGAAGAUGCAAGAAGCGCGAUCGAGCUCUUCCAUCAAAGCUCCUUCGACCCGGCCAGUCCCAAAGAGUCUAUCAUGAAAGUACGAAUCGCCACACCCGAGGAAAAGAACCCAUUCGCUGAGAAACUUCGUCGCGAAAACGAAGUCAAUCAUCUGAAGCAAGAAAGUCUGCGUCAGAUGCGUUUGCAGAAUCGCAACUAUGCGCUGCUCCACAACCAGCACAAGCCCAUUCCCAUCGAACCGCCACGGUUUCAUCAUCAUCAACUCCCGCCUUCAAUCAUUCCAAACAAUUCGUCCUCUGGCCAAUUCUAUCAACCCAACUUUCACAAGAAGCAUUUCUCAAAUGCCCGAAACAACAGACCAGUGGCUAAUAAUGUGGCUCGCCGAAAUGUUCAUACUCACUAA